CUGGGGGUCUGGGGGCGCGGGAUCCCCCUCCCAGGGCGGCCAUCGCGUUUCCCGGAGCCGGAGCCGGACCGGACUCUCCCUCUCCCUCUUCUCCCUCGGCGGCCAGGCCCCUUCCCGCCUCCGCGCCUCCCGCCGGGACCCCCGACGCCCCCGUCGCAAGAUGUGGACCCGCCUGCCCGUCCUCGCCCUCCUGGCCACCGCCUGGGUCCGUGCCGAGGAAGAGCCAAAGAGCAAAUCGAAAAUCUGUGCCAAUGUUUUCUGCGGGGCGGGCCGCGAAUGUACCGUCACUGAGAAGGGGCAGCCCUCCUGCCUCUGCAUCGAGCAAUGCAAACCUCACAAGAGGCCCGUGUGCGGCAGCAACGCGAAGACUUACCUCAACCACUGCGAGCUGCACCGUGACGCCUGUCUCACUGGCUCCAAGAUCCAGGUGGACUACGACGGACAGUGCAAAGAGAAGAAGCCGUCGUCUCCGUCCUCGAGUCCAGUGGUCUGCUACCAGUCCGACCGCGAUGAGCUCCGGAGACGCAUCAUCCAGUGGCUGGAAGCCGAGAUCGUCCCCGACGGCUGGUUUUCCAAGGGCAACAACUACAGUCAAAUCUUAGACCGCUACUUCAAGAACUUUGACAACGGAGACUCCAGCUUGGACUCCAGCGAGUUCCUGAAGUUCGUGGAGCAGAACGAGACCGCCCUCAACAUCACCACUUACGUCGAUCAAGAAACCAACAAGCUGCUCAGGGGCCUGUGCGUCGACGCCCUCAUCGAGCUGUCGGACGACAACGCCGACUGGAAGCUAAGCUUCACCGAGUUCCUCAAGUGCCUCAACCCUUCCUUCAAGCCACCGGAGAAAAAAUGCGCCCUGGAAGACGAAACGUACGAGGACGGGGCUGAGACCCAGGUGGAGUGCAACCGAUGCGUCUGCGCCUGCGGGAACUGGGUGUGCACCGCCAUGGCCUGCGACGGGAAAAAGAGAAAGGGGGGACAGCAGCAGCCGGCGGACGUGGAGCUGACCGAGGAGGAGCUGGCCAGAUACGUCCAGGAGCUUCAGAAGCACCAGGAGACGGCCGAAAAGACCAAGAGAGGGAGCAUCAAAGAGAUGUAGCCGAGCCCGCCAGCCUCCGAAGAGGGGACGAGGUGGCUUUGGGCCCCUCCGCCCCUUCCCUUCUGAUGUCAGUAUUCCGGACCGUCUGCUUCAGCCGUCCAGCCACCGAUAUUUACAGUGUAUAGCGAUGAGUUUUGUUUUGUUCUACUUGUUUUGUAAUAGAGAAAAAGCGAGGGGAGAGCGGGGGGAGGGGGAGCUGCAUUUCCGGAGGUAGGUGGAGGGGUACGGGGACAACCCCCCACCCUCCCCGCCCCCCAGGCCGGAAGCGGUGGAGGGUCCCUCGAGCUAGGAAGUGCAAUAGGAAGAGCGGGAAGCCGGGGCGUCGGGGGGUUGUCCGCCGCUCCCGCAAGUCCCAGAAUCCUCCACCCCCGACGGGCCGGAUCGGGCGGAUCGGAGCCGGGGGGUGAGCGGGGUGGCGGGUCUUGGACCCGUUAACCAGCCAACAUCACGUGACCCCUGGGGCCCCUGCAACCCCCCCCCCCACCUCCCAAACCGCCGGGCCGGUCCCGCCCGGGACGCGGCCCCAUUCCCUGUCCCCUUCUGUCCCCGCCGCGGCCCCCGCUCUCGCUCACCACGCUCCCCGCCUUCUCCGCUCUCCAUUUUUGACUUUUCACGAAGGUGCUACGAUCGCUGAAGACCCUACGACGAGUCGACUUCCCCGGUCGGGCCGUCGGUGUCGUUAUUGUGGUUAUUUUGUUUUCUUAAUUAGAGACGAGCUUUUGUACUUCCCGGGAGUCCCUAGGUUCGAGGGAGGGCGUGGGCAGAUGAGGGUUAUUUAAGGCAUCGCGUUCAUCGCUGUAGGUCCGAAAAUGGCUCUGGCCUAGGACGGAGACCCCCCCACCCCAUCCCAGAUCAGCUGCCCCCUGAUUUCUCCCAGCUUCCCGGAGUGAAGGCGGAGGGAGUCGGCCUUGGAGGGAUAGGAGGGGUGGGAAGGACGGCGAGGGCACCCAAUUGGAAACGAGUAACGAGGGGGUCUUCAAGCAGUCACCUUCUACUCCCCCGACACCAUCCCCAACCCUGUCCGGAUCGGCCUUUCCGGAGGUCCCGCUCUCCCCCGUCCCCAUCCGGGAAGACUUUCCGAGCCAAAGGACUCAGGAAACCGGGAAGCGGAGGACCAGUCGCCAUCCACCGGGUCCCUGGCCUGAGGGUGUCCCCUUCCCCCACAGAUCUCAGGAGGAGGGGAUCCUGCCCUAGCCCCUCCCCGGCUGGCUAGCCCGGGGACCUCUUCUCUUUCUCCCUCACGAACACGAAGCGACGUCCUACGUCCCGUCCUGCCGACCCUCGCCGGGGCGGGGGUCUCCGACCGGAAGUCGUGGGGUGGUCCUACCUCAAGGCCCGGGGAGGGGGCUAUAAUCCGGGGGCCUCUGCUGCCGGGAUCCCAGGGAGCGGGGCCUAGAGAACGUGACCUCUCUCGGCGGCGGAUGUCAUCUCGAGAACGAUCCCCAGGAUCCAGCGGGAGAGCGGGGAGGUCGACAGAUCAUUGGGGGGCGCAGCGGAAGGACCCAUUGAGAUCGCGCUUCCGUCCCCCUCGACCCCCGGGAGGUGAAACCGGGCUCUUCUGCCCCACCACUGCCCGGAGGCGGAUGUCGAGGCCGCCGAGGGAGGUGGCGGGGCCGAGGCAGGAGGACUCUCUCGGGUGGUUGCUCCUCAGCUCCUCUUCCAGUGGGUUUGGGCGACUUCGAGUGCGCUCUUCGACCCCGGAGGACUCGGCUCGUCUGAGAACACCCCUCCUCCCUCCCUUCUCCUCCCCCGGCCCUCCCCCCGCCCCAGGGUCUCCGUGACCAAGUGCCUUAGAGAACCCGGGACAGCCUAUGCCUUAACCCAGUUCCCAGUUCUCACUCGCGGGAAAGGGGUUCCGCUUCCCAGCACCGAGGCCCCGCGGAGUUGGGGAGCGGGGGUCCGGCCGCGUUGGGCGGCGAGGUGGCGGAGCCGUUUCCCACGGGGCAGCGUGGCUGCCAAGGAGACUUCGGGCCCCACCGUGGGCAGCCCGCCCGAAGGGCCGAUCCACCCCUAGCAUUUACGGAGCGCCCGCUGUGUGCCGAGCACUGGACUGAGCGCUUGGGAGAGAGACACGGCGCCUGUCCUCCAGGAGCUUACAGUCUACUGUGCACGGGGUACCGGACGCCGGGCGUGGGAGGGUACAAGAGAGGUGCCCUGCUCCGGAGGAGCUCACCAUCUAGCAGGGAAGACGGACCCAAAUUAAACCCCAGACAGGUCCCAGCCCCCCGGGGGUCUGGCGUUCGGACCACCGAGCUUGGAGAAACCACAUAAGAACCACUUUCCCCGGAGGGGGUGGGGGGCGGGGGGGCGUCUGAGCGAGGGAGUCGGUGAAAUGUAACCGUCACUCGGGGGGCGGGGAGCUUCCUUACUGCAUUUAUCCUACUAUUUGUUUUUUAUAAUGCCUGAUAAGUUUGUUUUUCUUUUUGGGAUAUAACAGCCAAAUAAAAAAAGUUACACCAGG